AUGGAGGCCCGGGGCCUGGCGCUGCUCGCGCUCCUCUCUCUGGUAGCGUCUGAGUGGGCGCUGCCUCCCGGGUGUAAGCAGGACGGGAGGCCCCGGGGAGCGGGAGCGAGGACGGCAGGGACCGGAGGGGACGCGGGCAAGGUGGUGUGUAGCAGCCCGGACAACGGGAGGACCUUACCGCUGGGAGCUCUGCCCAACCGGACCUCCAGCCUGAUUCUGAAUAGCAAUAAGAUCACUGACCUGAAGAAUGCAUCUUUCGAGGGGCUGAGCUUCCUGGAGAGGCUGGAUCUUCGGAAUAACCUGAUCAGCACAAUUGAACCCGGUGCCUUCUGGGGACUUUCAUCUCUUAAACGGCUAGAUCUGGCCAAUAAUAGGAUUGGAUGCCUUAAUGCUGACAUAUUUAAGGGAGUCCCCAACCUGGUUAAAUUAAAUCUCUCUGGGAAUUUAUUUUCUUCGCUGCCACAAGGAACUUUUGCUAACCUCAUUGCCCUAAAGUCGCUUGAAUUUCAGACAGAAUAUCUUCUGUGUGACUGCAAUCUUCUGUGGAUGCUGCAGUGGGUCAAGGCAAAGAAUAUAACGGUCCGUGAAACAAAAUGUUCCUACCCCAAAUCUCUGCAAGGGCAGGCAGUGACGGCGGUAAAACCUGAGCAGCUGACCUGUGAUUCACCUCUUGAGCUACCUUCUUUUUACAUGACCCCUUCUCAUCGCCAAGUGGUCUUUGAAGGGGAUAGCCUCCCCUUCCAGUGCAUGGCUUCCUAUAUAGAUCAGGACAUGCAGGUUUUAUGGUAUCAGGAUGGGAAGAUUGUGGAAACGGACGAGUCGCAGGGGAUUUUCGUUCAGAAGAAUAUGAUCCACAACUGCUCACUGAUUGCCAGCGCGCUGACAAUUUCCAACAUACAAGCUGGAUCCACAGGGAACUGGGGCUGCCGGGUCCAGAGCCGGCGCGGUAAUAACACCAGGACGGUGGACAUUGUGGUGCUGGAGAGCUCAGCCCAGUACUGCCCGAUGGAGAGAGUGGUAAACAACAAGGGCGACUUCAGGUGGCCGAGGACGCUGGCUGGGAUCACUGCGUAUCAACUGUGCACACGUUACUCAGCCGGAGGUGGAAUCUACCCUGGUAAUCAUCAAGAUGACAUCCGAGCCUGGCGACGGUGUGACCGAGGCGGCUUCUGGGCAGAGGACGACUAUUCUCGAUGCCAGUAUGCCAAUGAUGUGACACGAGUGCUGUACAUGUUUAAUCAGAUGCCCCUGAACCUCACCAAUGCCGUUGCCACUGCAAAGCAGCUUCUGGCCUACACCGUGGAGGCCGCCAACUUCUCUGACAAGAUGGACGUUAUCUUUGUGGCGGAAAUGAUUGAAAAAUUUGGCCGUUUCGCAGAUAAAUACAAAGAGCUUGGUGAUGUAAUGGUUGAUAUAGCGAGUAACAUCAUGCUGGCUGAUGAACGUGUCCUGCUGAUGGCACAGAAAGAUGCCAAGGCCUGCACACGUAUAGUGCAGUGCUUACAGCGGAUCGCUACUUACCGGCUCGCCAACGGGGCACAAGUAUACUCCACAUAUUCUCCCAACAUUGUCCUGGAAGCCUAUGUGAUAAAAUCCACCCUCUUUACUGGCAUGACCUGCGCGGUGUUCCAGAAACUGGCCCCGUCUGACCGCCCAGUAAUGGCCGAUUUUGGGAGAAGAGACCCAGAUGGGAACCUGGAUAAACAAUUGAGCUUUAAGUGCAAUAUGUCCAGUACUUUCAGUGCGGUGGCCUUAAAGAACACGGUUGUGGAGGCGUCCAUCCAGCUGCCGGCUGCACUCUUUGUACCUAAAGAGAGAGAGAAGCGCGAGAGGCGAGCAGCGGAUGAGUUUGUGUACAAGCUGCAGCUCAUAGCGUUCAGAAAUGGAAAGCUAUUCCCGGCCACGGGGAACUCCACGCACCUCGCUGACGAUGGAAUGAGACGCUCCGUGGUGACGCCCGUCAUUCUAGCCAAGCUAGAUGGUCCAAACAAGAACCCUCCUAGCGUGCCCAUUAACAUUACCCUCCGCCGCAUUGCUCAUGGGAAGGACCCUGUGGCAGCUCAGUGGGACUUUGACCUUCUCAAUGGACAAGGUGGAUGGAAGUCAGAAGGCUGCAGUAUCAUAGCAUCCGAUGAAAACACCACCACAAUACAGUGCCUGACGCUCAGCAACUACGCUGUGUUAAUGGAUCUAACUGGAGCAGAGAUCUACACGUAUCCAGUGACUCUCCUGCAUCCGGUGGUGUAUGCGGCUACCGUGGUGCUGCUUUUGUGCCUGCUGAUGCUGAUUAUCAGCUAUUUGUACUAUCACAGCGUGAUCCGGGUCAGCCUGAAGUCCUGGCACAUGUUGGUUAACCUCUGUCUUCACAUCCUCCUGACCUGCACAGUGUAUGUGGGAGGCGUAAACCAGACCAGGAAUGCCCGUGUUUGUCAGGCGGUUGGGAUUCUCCUCCAUUACUGUACACUCGCCACUUUGCUAUGGGUCGGAGUCACAGCGCGCAACAUAUACAAGCAGGUCACCAAAAAAGCCAAGCGCUGUCAGGAUCCUGAUGAGCUCCCUCCGCCUCCUAGACCGAUGCUGAGAUUUUAUCUUAUUGGAGGCGGCAUUCCUAUCAUUGUAUGUGGAAUAACAGCAGCAGCAAACAUUAAGAACUACGGUAGCCGGCCAACUGCCCCAUAUUGCUGGAUGGCAUGGGAGCCCAGCCUGGGAGCCUUCUAUGGUCCUGCCAGUUUCAUUGUAUUCAUCAACUGUAUGUACUUCCUCAGUAUAUUCAUUCAGCUGAAGCGCCAUCCCGACAGAGUAUUUGAACUGAAAGAGCAAACCGAGGAACAGCAGCGCUUAGCGGCCAGCGAAAACGGGGAGGGGAACCAGCAGGACUCGCUGUCAGUGUCUUUGGUAUCUACAUCUGCCUUGGAGAACGAGCAGACGUUCCAAGCUCAGCUUCUCGGCGCCAGCCUUACUUUGUUCCUCUACGUUUCCCUUUGGAUAUUUGGUGCUUUAUCCGUCUCCUUGUACUAUCCAAUGGACGUGGUCUUCAGUUGCUUUUUUGGCGUGACUUGUUUAAGCCUUGGUGCCUUUUUGGUUGUACAUCACUGUAUGAACCGGGAGGAUGUGAGACGGGCGUUAAUCAAUAUGUUAUGCCCAGGUAGGACCACAUAUUCGGUGCAAGUCAACGUCCCACCUUCCAACUCUUCUGCUGCCAACGGUGAGGCGCCAAAGUGUACGAACAGCAGCGCCGAGUCUUCAUGUACCAAUAAAAGCGCAUCCAGCGUCAAAAACUCCUCGCAGGGCUGCAAGUUGACUAAUUUACAAGCGGCAGCAGCGCAAUGUAACACAAACCCCUUACCAGUCAACAUGGCACCCCAACUUGACAAUAGCUUGACUGAACAUUCCUUGGACAACGAUAUAAAGAUGCAUGUUGCGCCGGUGGAGGUGCAGUAUCGGCCAAAUGGUCACCCGUCCAGGCAUCACAAAAACAGAAGUAAACACCGCUCUAGUAGGCUCACCGUUCUUAGGGAGUACGCAUAUGACGUUCCCACCAGCGUCGAUGGCAGCGUACAGAACGCAGUACCAAAAAGUCGUCCGAGCUACUCAGAAGGUCACUCGCGUAGCCGGAGGGCUUACUUAGCCUACAGAGAGCGCCAUUUUAACCAGAGCCAUCAAGACAGUAGCGACGCUGGAAGCACGCUUCCUAGGUAUAGCAGAAAUAUGGAAAGGCCUCCAUCCGCCAACCACAAAAAAGACAUUUUGAGGGAACCCAUUGCCGUGGAGCUUGAAAGUCAGCAGAAAUCAUACGGCCUAAAUUUGGCAGUCCAAAGCGAACCGGUUAAAAAUGAAGUGACCGAGGAGCCACCCACAAACACAGACAGCAAUGGGAAUGUUAGGACUGGUCUUUGGAAACAUGAAACUACUGUGUAGUCUCUCCAUGCUGGUUCGCCCUUUGAAGUUGAGACAAGGAACAAUUCCAUGAUUUCAAAGGCUUUUACAAAUUGUUUACAGGGACUUCUUUUAGCCUAUACACUACGAGAGGAUACUAUGAAGGAGGAGAUCUGCUAUAACUUCAAGAGACUUUGUAUUUCAAAAAGACUGUUUUUGUCCACGCGUGAUUUUUAAUAUUUUUUUAUAUAUAUUUUUUUUUUUAAAGAAAAGCAAAAGGAAAAAAAAAAAAUUUAUGUAUUUUUUGACACAUACCGGAUGCCUUGUUUCUUAUCGGAUUUGUAUUUAAACAUGUAAUAAACAGCGU